GCGUCUGCCUCCUCUCCAGCCUCUCUUUCAGCCUUCUUCCUGCUGCGAAAGGCCUGUUCUUGGUGGGGAGGCUGGAGCGGGGCCAGGACAGAUCUCUUAAGACUAGAAUUCCAACUCUCCUAUACUCUUAGGAUUUUAUCAGGGAGCUCUGAAUCAGUGCCAUAUGGGGAGCAAACCUCAGAGUAAUAAGGAGGCCAGCAUGUGGCCCAAAGGCUUUGGGGUGAAGCUGGAAACCAUCACCCCAUUUCUGGGGAAGUAUCGUCCUUUCGUGGGACGCUGCUGCCAGACCUGCACUCCUAAAAGCUGGGAGGCCCUUUUCCACAAAAACAUUGCUGCAUUGGGCUUUCACAAUGUGAUCCUGGUGACUGAAGAGAAUACCAGGUACCGGGGGUGGUUAGUGCGAAGGCUGUGCUAUUUCCUAUGUGCGAUGGACUGGAAGAUCACUCUCACCCCAGAUGCCUGGGAGAAGGUUUUGGGCAGCAAGUGGAUACAGGAAAUCCUCUCUGGGAGGGCUCCUGGGGGAGCAGGUGAAGGCCCCAAGCCCAGCUCUUUGAGGAGAGACGUACAGCAUACGUUGGGCCAGAUCCAGGCUUCAAUCUACCCCUUUUUGCUCAGGAUAUUCAACUGGGCUUUUCUCAAGUUCUUAAACUGCAUCUUCCUGAACGUGCAGCUUCAUCAGGGUCAGUUGGCUAUGGUCCGUCAGGCUGCACAAGCGGAUACGCCGCUCAUCUUUCUCUCUGCCCACAAGUCGUGUUUGGAUGGGCUCCUGCUGCCCUUCCUGUUGCUCUCUCAGGGUCUUGGGGUCCUGCGAGUGGCCUGGGAACCCCAGUCUUACUCCCCAGCUCUCAGGGCUUUGCUGAGACAUCUCGGUGGCCUUUUCAUGCCCCCAGAGGCUAACCUCUUCCUGGACAACCCCAAAGGGAUACUCUCCAGGGCUGUUCUCAGUGCUGCUGUAGAGCAGCUCCUGGCCAGCAAGCAGCCCCUGCUCAUUUUCUUGGAAGAUCGUCCUGGGGCUGUGGGACCCCGCCUGUCUUCCCAUGGGCAGGCCUGGCUGGGGCUGGUGCUACAGGCAUUCCGAGAAGGCGCCAUCCCUGACGCAGCCCUAGUGCCCGUGGGCAUUGGCUACGAUCUGGCCCCUGAUGUGCAGCAUACCGGACCUCGGGCAUCCUCUUCUCACCUGGGAUUGUGGUGGGGGGCUCUGGCUGUGUUUCGAGGCUUGCGAGGUCAUCGGGGCUGUGCCCGAAUUGACUUUGCCCAGCCCUUCUCCCUGCAGGAAUACUCGGUCAAUACUUGGAGUCGUGGAAGGAGCAGAGGACAGUCUUUAGAGCAGCUGCUGUUGCAGACUGUGCUUGGCCACUGGUCUGUUCUUCCUGAUUGUGAGAAACAGCAGGAGUGGACUCCGGCAUCUGGGCCCCUUCUGGCCCUGGACGAGGAGGACCAGCUUCUCGUGAGCAGGCUGAGCCGCCACGUCUUGAGUGCCAGCAUCGCCUGCUCAGCCGUGAUGGCCACGGCGGUGAUGGCCGCCCUGCUGUUGCAUCGGCAUCGAGAGGGAGUAUUCCUCUCGAGGCUCCUGGAAAACUUCUCCUGGCUAACAGAGGAGACCUUGCUUCGAGGCUUUGACGUGGGUUUCUCAGGGCAGCUGCAGGACCUGGUGAUGCAUGGACUGUGUCUGCUGCAUGGCAGCCUCUCCUUGUGGCUCCUGCCCCAAGGGGAUGUCCUGGUGCUGCCCAGGGCCGGCCCCACGCUUGCUCAGCUGGCCUACCACAGUGCUGCCCUGCUGCCUGUCUUCCUUUGUGAGGCUGUGGGUGCCUGUGCAGUCCGAGCCCUGCUGGCAGGCCGAGUGCCCCCAGAGGGACCCUGGGAGCUGCAGGGGGUGGAGCUGCUGAGCCAGCGGGAGCUUCAUCGUCAGACUCUGCUGCUGCUGCACCUGCUUCCCCAGGACCUCCUCCUGCUGCAGCCCUGCCAGUCAUCGUACUUUUAUUGCCAGGAGGUUCUGGAUCGACUCAUUCAGUGCGGACUCCUUAUAGCGGAGGAGGCCCCUGGCACUCGGCUGACCUGUGAUUCGGGGAAUUGGCGCUUUGGAGAGAAGAUGCUUUGGCGAUCAAUGGAAGACUUCAGUGACAGUGACAGCGACUAUGAGGACGGCACUGAUAGUCGCUGCUUCAAGCUCAGUCAGCAGCUGCGCUGCCCCGACUUCUUCCUCUUCCUCUGCCGCUUGCUCAGCCCCCUGCUCACAGCCUUUGCUCGAGCUGCAGCCUUCCUCCACCAGGGAAAACUGCCUGAUACAGAGGCAGGUUACACACAGCAACUGCACCAGUUCCUGCUGAAGAAGGCCCAAGAGGAUGGUUCCUUUGAGAGUACUGACCUGAGCCAGGCUCAUAGUGCUGUGAUGACCUUCAAAGAUUUGGGGGUGCUGAAGGAACAGCCUGGCUCCACGGGCUCCACCCUCCAUUUGUCUCCAGCCUUCACUAUUCAGGAAAACCGGGAAAAGCUGGAGAAUUUCAUCUGUCAAUUCAUUUGUGGCUAGAGGUUCCUGGUAUGAAGGGGACUGGAAUGUCUUGUCCUGUGCCAGCAAGAAGCAGUUUCCAGCCCGACUGAUGGAGCCCAAGCUGAGGAGAGUGACUAAUAGUUGAGAUUCUAAUAGGUUAUCACAUGUCUCAUGGAUUAUAAAGAGCCCCUAGGUUUGAUUUUGAGAUCCUGUGGUUGUGUUUCUUUGUCUCCCCCUGCAGCUCCUCUCUGUCCAGACUUACACCAUGAGCAGUGUUUAUAUAAAGAUGGGUAUAAAGGUCAGCCCUCUCUCCCUA